UUAUCAAUCCUGUAGAUGGCAGCAAAGUAUGAGGUUGUGCGUCACCAACGAAGAAGACAAAUCCAAAGUUAUGACCGGAAGUGAUUUUUCCCCCCUACCUCACGCUGUUGAGGAAACCUGCAGUCUGUACACACGAGCAAUUUCCUCCUUAAGUGAGAAGAUACCGGAGAUGAAAAAACAAGACAGCGAAGAGUCUGCCACCCAGAGCAGCAGUGAUGCUCCACCUACGGCAGAAGCGACGGACUCCCCGGCAUCUGCCAAAGACAGCUCGGUGAGCAACAGUCCCCAAGAGUCGGAGCCACAGACGCCACAGGCAGAUGCUCCUCCACAAGGCACCGAGGCGUCGACUGAAGCUGCAGAAGCUCUGUUGUCUCAGCGUGACAUGGCUGAGGAGCUGAGCCGCCAGUUGGAGGACAUCCUCAGCACCUACUGCCGCGAAGCCAUUUCGGAUGAUGCCAGCAGCGUGCCGAAUGGUCAGUCACACGGCCUGGAAUUCAACGGUCUAUCUAAUGAUAGGGAGGACGACAAGCAAGAUGACGGCAAAGUCAAUGGAGGUGGCAGUGGGGUAGCGAAGGACCAGAAGAAGUCACAGGAGAAGAAGAAAGUGAAAGGACUGGGCAAAGAGAUCACCCUCCUCAUGCAGACACUGAAUACACUGAGCACCCCAGAGGAAAAGCUUGCAGGACUGUGUAAGAAGUAUGCUGAUCUGUUGGAAGAAAACAGAAACACCCAGAAGCAGAUGAGAGUGCUGCAGAAGAAACAGAACCAGCUUGUCCAGGAGAAAGACAACCUGAGGAACGAGCACAGCAAGGCCAUCCUGGCACGCGGCAAACUGGAGAGCCUGUGCAGGGAGCUGCAGAGACAUAACCGCUCGCUCAAGGAUGAAGGGGUACAAAGGACCAGGCUGGAGGAGGAGAAAAGGAAGGAGGUCACUUCUCAUUUCCAGGUAACCCUGAACGACAUCCAGACACAGAUGGAGCAACACAAUGAGAGAAAUGCCAGCCUCAGACAAGAGAAUGCAGAGCUUGCUGAAAAACUGAAGAAGCUCUAUGAACAGUACAAGCUACGAGAAGAGCAUAUAGACAAAGUGGUGAAGCACAAAGACCUGCAGCAACAGCUGGUGGAUGCAAAGCUGCACCAAGCUCAGGAGCUGCUGAAGGAGUCAGAGGACCGUCAUGAUAGAGAGAAAGACUUUCUGCUCAAAGAGGCAAUAGAGUCACAACGGAUGUGUGAGCUGAUGAAGCAGCAGGAGGUUCACCUCAAGCAGCAGCUGUCACUGUACACAGAGAAAUUUGAAGAGUUUCAGACCACUUUGUCCAAGAGCAAUGAAGUUUUCACCACAUUCAAACAGGAGAUGGAGAAGAUGACUAAAAAGAUCAAAAAGCUGGAGAAGGAGACGGCCAUGUAUCGCUCCAGAUGGGAAAGCAGCAACAAGGCUCUUCUGGAGAUGGCUGAGGAGAAAGCUGUUCGGGACCGAGAGUUUGAGGCACUUCAGGGUAAAGUUCAGCGGCUGGAGAAGCUGCGGAAGGCGCUAAAAGUGGAACGAAACGAGCUCAACAAGAAACUCCAGAACAUCAAUGGUGAGCAGGGUGGCACCACAGCGCCUCCCGGUGCUGACACAGGGACAGAGUCUCCUUCUCCACCACCAACUGAUACUCUGCUGGAGCCAAGCGCUGGGACCAUCCCGGACAGUGACCCCUGCUCCCACGCAUGCCACUGCGGCCCACAAGAACUGGACCCAGACAACCUAAUAGAAGACGCAAGCGCUCAGCCGGUCACUGCGCAGGAGUGAAGUAACGCUUUUCAUACCCCUCGCUACCUUCAAGCAUCAAGCCACCAAAAGAUAAGCCGCCAGCCUGCGAGCCACUAGACCCUGCUAAACGAAGCUGGUCCAGCAGUAGAUCAACACUCUCACAUUUGUAUAUUUUAAGCUGAUUAUAUGAGCAACGUUUAAUGCAAAGGGUCCUCCCAGUAUCCUCAGCAGUUUUAGUCCUGGUGAUGGGAUUGUGCCUCAUCUGUCAGCACAUUUACACAUGUGGUUCAUAGUCAUUAAUAAUAAUAAUAAUAAUAAUAACAAUAAUAAUAUCUUCUCUCGUUGAUAUGGUUUCCAUUAUUAAAUAAUUCAAUAGGCGUGCUCAUUCCCAUAAAUGUGACAUUGUAGAGGGAUCAUUGGCUUAGUAAAAUGACAGCAGUUUACAGAUGUUCAAAGUGCAUACAUAUCACAAAGAAAGGAAAUUGUUCAUAGGACACCCGACUCUGUUAUUUGAUUAAAAUGAAUAUUAAAUAUAAAUGAAAUUCUACAGGCCCGUUUACAUAAAGGCUGUAUUGACCAGAAAUAGUCCAAUAAUUAGAACUAAUGUAAAUGAGCUGUAGUGUUGUACUACACAUUCCUUUUUAACGUGCGUUAAACACAGAAUUGUUUUGGCAGCUCCUGCUGGGCAUGAUAUGAUGCAAGCAAGCAGUACAUGGCAAGAAACAGUCACAGAUAGGUGUGUGUGUGUGUGUGAGAGGGAGUUUUAGUAAUUUCAUAUAUUUCUUCCAGGUGAAGUUAAAACAAUAAUUUCUUUAGCGAAUAAAACUCUCACAUCUAUGUACAAAACAGAACUAAUAAUUAUAUGAACUUUCUUGUUGUGACUGUUCUUUGGUUUUUCAUCUGGCUCAUAUUCAAAAUGCUUUAUAAUAUCUCUGUUCUGUAGAUCAUUUUAGGGACAUUAACAUAGCCUUUCAUAUAUUUGCAGUGUUUAAUUCUGUGGACUUUAUUUAUUGUUUAAAGCAUAAUCUCGUUGAAAUGUGUUAUUUUGCAGAGCACUGUAAACAAUCAGUCUACUCUUGGUUCACUUAGAUGGUUUAUUAAAACAUUCCUCACCUCAGCAAUUUGAUUCCUUACGCAGUUCAGUUAAUCUUAAUGCUGUUUUUUUGUCAGCUUUGUAUAUUGUAAUGACAACCACUUAUUUUGUUUUUUGUGUGUUUGUCUUUUUGGUUUCACAGAUUGUCCUCUGCAUGUUCUGGGAUUUGCAGUAGCUUGUAAUCAGGUCUUAACAAGAGAAUGUUUCGAGGACCUCUAUGCAACACUUGCCUCUUGGUCUUCUGUGGCAGUCUGAACUGACAAGCACUUAACUGAGAAUGUAUAUUCAUUAUAUCCACUGUCCUGCAUGGAUGCACUGUAUAAACAGACAUAUCUCAUGACUCGUGAUGAUUUGUCAAAGCUCACCAUCCUCUUACUGAUGCUUUUAAAAAGCUGUGACUGACCAGAGUGGCAACAAGUAGAGGAAAUGUUACUAGUCAUUUCUCCUGAGACACAUCUAACAUACACAUGUAGCAUCAGUAUAGUGACAGAGUGACAACCAAUAGAGAUGAAUCUCUAAUAAGACAGUACUAUGGCAGAUGUGGAGCUUCACCAACCAUCAUAAGGAACCAAAGAUGCUUUCCUUUUGUCUUUUGCGGUACUUUUAUCUGGCCCUGUAUAUAUUUUUCCUUGUUAAUAAAAAUGUGUAACAAUAUA